AUGAAGUGGGCAACCGCGGGUUUACUGCUCGCUCUCUCGGCCAGAACAACAAUAGCAUGGCCAUACGACCAAGAUCUCACACAUUACAACCUAAAUGAGAACCGGACUGCAAGAACACCCGCCGAUUACUGGGGCACUUGGCCUAAUCAUGAAUAUUUUCCUUCUCCUGAUAAUUGGCGGGUCCCUAUAUACUCGCUGUUUCUUGAUCGAUUUGUCAAUGGAGACCCGACGAAUGACAACAUCAACGGCACGUACUACGAACAUAACCUAGACUCAACGCAAAUGCGCCAUGGAGGUGAUGUGAUUGGACUAGUUGAUACUUUGGACUAUCUACAGGGGAUGGGAAUAAAGGCUAUAUACCUCGCUGGAACAGCUCUCAUGAACCAGCCAUGGGGUUUUGACGGAUACUCAGCUCUUGAUACAACACUGUUGGACCAACAUUAUGGUGAUAUUGCUACUUGGAGGACAGCCAUCACCGAGAUUCACAAAAGGGGCAUGUAUGUCAUCUUUGACAAUACACUUGCAACGAUGGGCGAUCUACUCGGAUUUGAAGGCUACCUAAACACAACUGCGCCGUUCGUAUUCCAGGAACACAAGGUCAAAUAUAAGAGCUCUCGUCAAUACGUGGACUUCAAUUUCGGAAAUAAUUACAAUACCACCUGUGAAUAUCCGCGAUUCUACAAUGAAACUGGUUAUCCGGUGGAAAGUUACGUAUACGACGAGUUGAAAGGCUGCUAUAACAGUGAUUUCGAUCAAUAUGGCGACAUCGAGGCUUUCGGCGUCUUCCCUGACUAUCAGCGUGAACUGGCAAAGUUCGCUUCCGUGCAAGACCGUCUGCGAGAGUGGAUGCCAUCAGUUCGAGAGAGACUUAUUCGACAUGCUUGUAUCAUUAUAGCAUCACUAGAUGUAGAUGGGUUCCGCUAUGACAAGGCAACGCAGGCAACAGUCGAUGCUCUAGGUGAAAUGAGCGAAGGUUGGCGCCAGUGUGCGCGAGCUGUCGGUAAAGAAAAUUUCUUUCUGUCCGGUGAGAUUACCGGUGGGAACAGCUUUGGUUCCAUUUACCUCGGAAGGGGACGACAGCCGGAUAUGUGGCCUGAUAAUGUCCAGGAUGCCGUUCUCAUGACAAAUGAAUCUUCAGACAAAUACUUCAUUCGUGAGAAUGGACAACAAGCUAUCGACGGAGCCGCUUUCCACUAUACGGUUUAUCGAACACUAACACGCUUUCUGGGUCUCGAUGGAAACCUUGCUGCUGGCUACGAUUUACCCAAUGACUGGGUGACCAUGUGGAAUCUCAUGCUUCUAUCGAAUGAUAUGGUCAAUGCCAAUACAGGCAAGUUCGACCCACGCCAUAUGUAUGGUACGACUAAUCAAGAUGUGUUUCGAUGGCCUGCUAUCCAGAACGGGACGGAGAAAAUGUUGCUAGGCAUGUUUAUAACUACACUUCAUAUGCCCGGUGCACCUCUUGUCUUAUGGGGAGAGGAGCAAGGCUUUUACAUACUCGAUGCUACGGCAGACAAUUAUGUCUAUGGUCGUCAGGCCAUGUCUCCAGCGACUGCAUGGUGGGCUCACGGAUGUUACAGAGUGAAUGUCACUCAGUACUAUCAAUUUCCACUGGAAUCCGCACUGAAUGGCUGUGAGGACAUUUCGGUGACAUACGAUCACAGAGAUCCUGCACACCCCUUACGCAACAUUCUGAAGCACAUGUUCCAGAUGCGACAGAGAUUCCCCGUUCUAAAUGACGGAUACCUUCUCCAGUCGCUAUCAAAACAAACCCAUAAUGUUUACCUGCCUGGUUCUAACGGAACAGCAACCGAGACAGGGAUGUGGUCUGUUUUACGUGGUCGAUUUGAAGGCAUUCAGGAUCUCGGUAACAAUCAGUCAGUUUGGCUACUUUAUCAAAACGACAACACCACGAUCAAUUACAAGUUCGACUGCAAGAGUGAAAUUACAAACUUGUCCCUAAUUGCCCCCUUUGAUGCUGGUACAACUGUCAAGAACUUGUUCUACCCAUAUGACGAACAGACGCUGAAAGCGAGUCCAGUCAAACUUGGACUAGAAGGCUCAACAGAGUUCAAUGGGUGCCUAGAUAAUCUGACGAUGGUGCCAUGGGAUUUCAGAGCAUAUGUUCCCAAGAGCAAAUGGGUUGGACCGUACCCUAUGAUCACAGAGUUUCAGCCUGGACAUGAUGCUCGUAUACUGUCCAGUGUACUCCCUGAUCAGCCAGAAUCGAUACCCAUUCAGAUCUAUUUCUCAGAGCAGAUGGACUGUAACUCUGUUACAAAGUCAAUUCUACUAAACUCCACUACUGAAUUUAAGCAGACCGCGACAAUCGAUUCCUCCAGCGUCUCUUGCAGCAAUAUCAGUGGUGGUACAACUAAGUUCAUUGGUGAGAUCGCAAAUGCCUGGGUAUGGAAAGCGACUCUUAACAAUGUCUACAACGGAAUACAUCGCAUCACCGUCGCCAAUGCAAGUAGUGUUGAUGGCACUACAACCAAUGCCAUCGAUCAUUUCCUACUUCGAGUUGGCCAGCAUGAUAACCCAAUGAUUUUCAAUUCUGCCAACUAUUCCACCAGUCUACUACAUAAGGACGACAACGGGACUCUGUACGUGCAGCAUCAUGCCGCUGGAGCUGACAUGUGGCGAUACUCAACAAACUGGGGGUCAUCCUUUUCAAAUUGGCUGCCUUACGGAGGCGGGAAUGAUACUAUAGACGAGCUCCCUUGGUCUGGUACUUCUCUACAAGAAUGGAAAGGAAAACACGUCAGGGUUGAGUACUUCAGCAGACUAUCCGGUAGCAGUGACUAUGUUCAAGAAGGUGAUAGCGAUUGGGAAUCUCCAUUUCCACGCAGAUUCCCACACUUAUUCUGGAACGGUCCCUACAACCAAUACGGCUUCGAUGCAGGGUUGAAGAACGAAAUGAUUCAGGAUCCAAGUGAUGGUCUAUGGAAAGUCAAGUUCUUGACAGAGUGGCCCGCUCAAGGCCAAGUCAAUGUAUGGAGCAUCAACCCGGACGGUCAGCCUGAUCAAGGUUUUGUGUUUGGCGAUGCCGAUGGAGAUUCUGUUCUCGAUCGUCUACCGCCUUCUGCGCUGUCCGCUGUGGCCAUCAACAUCACCCACCCACCACCAUCGCCUUACCUUGGUUGGGAAAUCAGGAUUCACGAUGGCACCCAACGAUUUGAAUUACUACCAGUUGGCUCGACAAAGAUCCAGAUCAUACUUUUCUCUCUCUUCUUGAUUGUCCCAAUUUUCUCUGCAUCUCUUGGUAUUUGGUUGUUCAUGAAAUCCUUCUACCGAGUCAAGUUCAACCAAGUCGGUGUUACUGAGAAGACUGGAAUCCUUCCCUUGGCCGUGAGAAGACAAUUGAAAAAGGCAAGAUUGAGCGGGAUCAAAAUUAGAAAUCCUCUUUUUCGUCUAGCCAAUCGAUCUGGGUUCCUUCAAACCACUUCGGCCUUCGCUGGCGCGACUCAAGGAGAUCGCCGCCGGAUGGUCAUGAUCGCAACCAUGGAGUAUGAUAUUGAAGACUGGGCUAUCAAGAUCAAAAUCGGUGGACUAGGUGUGAUGGCACAGUUAAUGGGAAAGAACCUUAGUCACCAAGACCUUAUUUGGGUUGUGCCAUGUGUUGGAGACGUUGAGUACCCCGAAGACCAGCCCGCGGAGCCAAUGUUUGUGACUGUCCUUGGGAACUCUUACGAGGUUAAGGUUCAAUACCAUGUUCUCCGAAAUAUAACCUAUGUCCUUCUUGAUGCUCCAGUGUUCCGGCAACAGACCAAAACCGAACCGUAUCCGGCACGCAUGGAUGACCUAGACAGCGCGAUUUACUAUUCGGCCUGGAACCAGUGUAUUGCCGAAGCCAUGAAACGCUUCCCAAUUGAUCUCUACCAUAUCAAUGAUUAUCACGGAUCACUGGCUCCUUUGUAUCUUCUUCCACAGACGAUACCGGCAUGUUUAUCACUCCACAAUGCUGAAUUUCAGGGACUAUGGCCCAUGCGAACACAGAAUGAGAAAGAUGAAGUCUGUUCGGUCUUCAACCUUGAUGUCAACAUCGCUACCCGCUAUGUUCAGUUCGGCGAAGUCUUCAAUCUGUUGCACGCAGGUGCUAGUUACUUGCGAGUCCAUCAACAAGGGUUUGGCGCCGUAGGUGUCUCGAAAAAGUAUGGCAAGAGAUCUUAUGCUCGCUAUCCUAUCUUCUGGGGUCUCAAAAAGGUCGGAAACCUCCCUAAUCCUGACCCGUCUGAUACUGCCGACUGGGAUAAGUCUGUUCCAAAAGAAAGCGAUAUCACUGUUGAUAAAGAAUUCGAAGCUGGAAGAGUCGAACUCAAGCGACAAGCACAGGAAUGGGCGGGUCUCGACCAAAACCCCGAAGCUGAUCUAUUGGUGUUUGUUGGCCGUUGGUCUAUGCAGAAGGGUAUUGACCUUAUUGCUGAUGUUAUGCCAUCUGUGCUUGAGGCACGUCCCAAUGUGCAAUUGAUCUGUAUUGGUCCGGUCAUUGAUCUAUAUGGCAAGUUUGCGGCCUUGAAGCUGGAUCGCAUGAUGAAGCUCUAUCCUGGACGCGUGUUCUCCAGACCCCAGUUCACGGCACUCCCGCCAUACAUCUUCUCUGGUGCUGAGUUUGCAUUGAUACCUUCAAGAGACGAGCCUUUCGGCUUGGUCGCUGUUGAGUUCGGCCGAAAAGGAGCGCUAGGUAUUGGAGCACGUGUUGGAGGGCUGGGCCAGAUGCCCGGUUGGUGGUAUACGGUUGAAUCUACAACGACUUCUCACUUACUCCAUCAAUUCAAACUUGCAAUUGAUGGUGCUUUGAAUUCAAAGACCAAGGUUCGUGCGGAAAUGCGUGCUAGAUCAGCUAAACAGCGAUUCCCAGUUGCCCAGUGGAUCGAGGAUUUGGAAAUCCUUCAAAGUACCUCUAUUCGAAUCCACACAAGAGAGACUAUCAAGUCAAAUGGACAGAUUUCCACACCGACAGGAUACCGCAUACCAAGCGACUCUCUCAGUCCCCCGUUACAAGUCUCGGCAUCGGGCUAUCCCCCUGGCACCCAGACUCCCUCACUCAUGGAAUCAGGAAGUAUGGGAUAUUCAAGCUUACGUCAAAGCACCCUUGGUCCGCAACAAAGGAAUACAAUCGUUUACAGCAGAGAUCCAAGCCCCGAUGGAGAUGAUCGACGCACUUCAAACUUAUUCCGCCAGUUAUCUCUGGGUGUUCGAGCUGGUCCUGGCCAUACUGCUGUUAUUGAGAGACGAAACCGACUUCGUCGCAAGAGUCACGUCGCUGCAUCGGAAGAAGUGACUGACAGUGAGCGUGAGGGCGAUUAUGAGACGGAAGACGAGAACAUGCACUCUUACUUUGCGGAAGAGGAAUUCACUAUGGCACCGGAACAUGCUGAUAUGAAUCGGCGAAUGGAUGAGGGUCACGUUCUCCCCUCUCCUCCUCCUAUUUACCAUGCUAGUCACCCGGGAAACCACUACUAUCCUUAUCUUCCCGCAUCUCCUGGCUUUUCGGAGGGAGAUGACCCUCUCGCGCCUCCCAACAGGCCAUUUGCCGACGCUCCAAAUCGACUCAGCAACCCGUCUGUACUGUCCCUUGAUACUGUGGUCGGUGACAAGAAGAACUUCAAACUUCAAAAGGUAGAUCCAUUCUUCACGGAUGCCACCGGUGAAUUUUAUCGCAUCUUUGAAAAGAAAUUGGAAGACCUCAAUGGAUCCAACUCUGAAGCACAACUUUGCAUCGAGGAAUUUCUUGUCAAGAGUGAGAAGAAAUGGUACGACAGAUUCCGAGCGGCUCGCCUUGGUCGAGAUUGGUCACCGGUACCAUCGAUCAAGGGUAAAGGGGCACUCACUUCCCCGACGGAUUCAGUAUCCAAUGGCGACAGCAACAGUGAUAUCCAAAAGGGUGGCGAUGAGUUCUUGUUGGGAGAGGACUAUAAACCCCCGACAGGCCUUAAAAAGUGGAUGCAACUACGUAUUGGCGACUGGCCAAUAUAUUCGCUUUUCUUGAGUCUUGGUCAGAUCAUCGCUGCGAACUCCUACCAGGUUACGCUCCUGACGGGUCAAGUUGGUCAAACUCCCGAGAAGCUGUACGCAAUUGCUACAACUUACCUAAUCACAUCCAUUGCUUGGUGGUUCGUAUUCCGAACCUUUAAGUCUGUGGUUGCACUAUCAACACCCUGGUUCUUCUAUGGCCUUGCUUUCCUUCUGAUCGGUCUUGCACAUUUUGAACACAACUCUGUCAACCGUGGCUGGAUUCAAAAUUUUGCAAGUGGUAUGUACGCUACUGCAUCGUCAAGUGGCUCAAUAUUCUUCUCGCUCAACUUCGGCGAUGAGAGUGCUGCUCCUGUGAAGGACUGGGUUUUCCGGGCCUGCGUUAUACAAGGUACUCAGCAGUUAUACGUUGUGGCUCUUUGGUACUGGGGCUCUUCGUUAUCGAAACAGACGCAAGCUGGCAUCACCAACGUUCAACCCAUCAUCAAUAGCUGGAAGAUCACAGCCAUCACUGUGCCCAUCGCCAUUAUGCUCUGGGCAAUAGGUAUCUUGCUGGCAUUCGGUUUACCAGAUUACUACCGUCAAGCACCUGGUAAAGUAGCAUCAUUCUACAAAUCGAUUUUCCGCCGCAAGAUCAUCAUGUGGUUCUUCGUCACAGUUUUGAUACAAAACUUCUUUCUCUCAGCUCCCUAUGGACGAAAUUGGAGUUUUCUCUGGAGCUCCAACCACGCGUCGAACUGGCAGAUUGUCCUUCUGGUCGUCUUUUUCUUUGUUAUCGUUUGGGGGAUCAUGUUAGGAAUAAUGUUCUUCCUAUCCAAAUCUCACAGCUGGAUUCUACCCGUCUUCGCCAUCGGUCUCGGAGCACCUCGAUGGGCUCAAGUAUGGUGGGGGACAUCGAACCUAGGGCAGUACGUUCCCUGGGCCGGCAGCUUUGUCUCUGGUGCAUUAAUCUCUCGCAGUUUGUGGUUGUGGUUAGGUGUGCUUGAUUCACUGCAAGGUGUUGGAUUUGGAAUGAUCCUAUUGCAGACUCUUACCCGUCUGCACAUAUGCUUCGUUCUUCUUGGGGCUCAGGUAUUGGGUUCCAUUGCUACGAUUGUAGCUCGCGCAGCGGCGCCAAACAAAAUCGGUCCGGGGGAUAUCUCGCCGGAUAUUGGGACAGGGGUUGGUAGUAUAUGGGUAGCAUGGUUCUGGAUUGGACUAUUUUUCCAGCUUCUGAUUUGUGCCGGGUUCUUCAUGUUCUUCCGUAAAGAGCAGCUUCACAAGCCCUAAUUUUGUACACUCUGUUUUGGCCCGAUCAUCGCAUUUGCCUUUUUACUUGUUUUACGAUUUCCAUUUACUCUUUUAUAAUUGAUAUAGACAAGCUACUUACUUACAUAUGCAAGGCUUUUCCUCGUUUCGCGUUUUUACUGCGCUUUCAUGUACCAAUAUUUAUGAGCAGGAUAUAUAGAUUUUCUGAGUGACUCAGAUGUGUACCAAUUUAUGAUUACC